AAAGUUGGCAGUCCUGCGACUGGUAUCAUAAAGUAUAAACAAAUCGUCAACUUCUACAAUGUUUGCCGGUCGCUUACUCGUCCGUUUGAGCCGAAGUCGGGCAUGCUUGGCCACCAUGGGGAGCUGGUCAAAGCCCCAAGCACUCGCCAACCAAAUGAUCCUGUCCAGGACACCACCGACAUCCACAGAUGCAAUUCAAUGCAAAGGAUCCAUUGCCAACCGCCGGUUCUUCAGCAGUGAAAUUGAGACGGAAUCCACGUUGGACGGUGCCACCUACGAGCGAGUGUGCUCCGACACCCUGGACGCACUGAGCGACUACUUCGAGGAGCUGACGGAGAACGCCGCGGAGCUGCAGGGCACGGAUGUGGCGUACAGCGAUGGCGUGCUCACCGUGAACCUGGGACACCAGCACGGCACCUAUGUGAUCAACCGGCAGACGCCCAACAAGCAGAUCUGGCUCAGUUCGCCCACCAGCGGUCCCAAGCGAUACGAUUUCGUCGGCACCGUGGCGGCGGGCAGAUGGGUCUACAAGCACAGUGGUCAGUCGCUGCACGAACUGCUGCAGCAGGAGAUACCCGGCAUACUGAAGUCAGAGUCCGUGGACUUCCUCCACCUGCCCUAUUGUAGUUAAUUCCGUGAUUAGCCUAAUAACUCCUCCAUAAAAAAGUCUGUUAAAACGUU